GCGGUCACGUGGCGGCGGCGGGCGAUGGAGGCGCCGCUCGGCGGGCACCGGGCGCUGUACAAGAGCCUCGCCGCGCCGCCAUGGAAGGAGACGUACCGGCGGCGCUGCCUGGAGCGCCUGAGGAGCAGCCGGGAGCGGCUGCUGCGCCGCUACCGCCAGGCCGGGCCGGGCCCCGGCGCGCUGCUGGUCCCGGAGGUGAUGGAGCGAGAGUGGCGGAGCCUGCAGGCCGAGCGCGGCGCGCCGGGGGAUCGCGGGCAGCGCGUGCUGCGCCAGAUGCCCGAGGAUCCGGACGAGCUGGCGGUGCUGGAUGAGAUCCAGCAGGAGCUGAUCCUGCAAGAACAACUGGUUAUAGAAGAAUAUGAGCGAAGCCUGCAGUUUGAUGAAGAAUGCCUCAAUGCAAUCCUCGAUGGCUUGGAUGCCAGCAACAAAAUCAUCUGCCCUGUGUGCAGAAAGAACCAUCUGACUGUGAGGAGCCACUCAGUUUUUUGCCCGUGUGGGUUGGAUGUCCCUGCCCAGGAUAUGACGGAAGAGAAGCUUCGGUCACUUCUAGAAAACACUAUAACAGAGCACAGUCACAGGUGCCUUCACAAUCCGGAGUUCACAGUUACCAGUGGAAUGGAGGAGGAAGCCAGUCUUCUCAUGACCUGUCUGGUCUGUGACUUCUGGAUGAUUCUCCUGUAAGUUGCUUCAGCUGCUGCUUUUUUGGUGACUUCAAGACUAGAACUCAACCUAGAGCUGCUACUGUCUUCUAAUGUAUAUAUACUCGUGUCUGCUGUGUCAGAAAUACUUCAAGGCAGUGCUACUGCCUUAACCUGCACUUUUGAUGGCACAGUCCAUGUUUUUAUAAUAAAUAUUUCAUCCUUCAUAUCAUCUUCAAUAACGUAUCACUGAUUUCACAGCUUGCAUUGGACUUUGUAUUUAGCUUCCGGUCCAUGACAGUGUUUUUAAUGUAUCAUUCUGUUCUAAAAACAGGUGCUUCCUUACAAUCUUAUCCACUACACUCAUGACUAUUAAGUAUUGAAUCAAUAGAGAGGUACCAAGUAGUCACGAAGUAUUCUGCCUCUUCUCCUUGUUCUGCUCUUGGGUGCCUUCAGCUGAAGUAGGAAGCAGCUCUUCAAUGCAUGGCCACAUGGUGUGCAGUUCCCAAACACAGCAGGAGCACCUUCUGCUCUACCACUGGGACUUACUCAGACCUUGAGGCAACACACAGAGACAGCAGUUUGAGUCUAAGCCCACACUGCUGCCCUGCAAUGCUUCUGACAUUCAGCAUCCACAGAACUUGAAUCAUUCUGCAGGGAAGGUGCUCCAACUUCUCUGCAGUAUUUUUCUAAGGCAGAUGCAUUAAUACUAAUAGGUAUGGAAGCACCUUCCUGUUUAAAACAACUCAAAAUCAGGCAACCACGAUUUCAUUCAUACCCCUGGUGCCACUACAUCUUGCCACAGAAAUGCAGUCACAUAAAUCAGCAUCACCUAGCUAGCAAAAUUCCUCCUUCAGCCACAGCGAUGCUGACAGGAAGGCAGUUUAGGUAUCUGAAGGAGCUAGAACAGCCCUAGAGAAAACUGGGCUAACACAGACCAGCUGCACAGCCAG